CUCGUCUGUCCCAGUUUCUCCACGGGGACGCAAAGCGUUGCCUAAUCCAAACCGGCCGUCGCUAGUCCCGGCUCCAGAUCCUCUGCCCGCCCCCCGGCGUCCGCGUUCGCCACGGUCCUCCGCGCACCGGCCGGCGACCCUGCGUGCGCGCCUCCGGUGGACCGUAGACGGCGCCCGGCCCCGGCGGCUGCGCUGCGCUGCGCGCCGCGCGCGGCCGGCGGACAGCGGGAGCCAGCAGCAGCAGCUGCUGCUCCACCACACCAUGUUUCCCUGUCGUGGAGUGGCUACUGCAAACCCUCAUCUGCCUGGUGCUCUUGCUGCAAACCGCUAUGGUUCUCCCACGAGGCCAUCUUUUUACCCUAGCGCGGCGUUUCUGAGACUGCAGGGCCCUGCGUUUCGUCAUGAGAAGAAAUCCUUGGCUCUGAGAGCUGGUGCGGAUUUUCACCGUUAUGCGAUACCUCCAUCCUUUGCAAAGUAUAAUCCUGUCAAGGGCAUCAAGCCUCUACUGUCAUCCCCCAAAUUGAAAUCAAGAACUCAAGUUGGUUGCCAAGCAUCUUUGUCAUCGUUCAGCUACCCUGAGUUAUCUUCCAAACCAAAAUGGUGGUGGAGGACCCUAGCAUGUGUACCAUAUCUUCUGCCACUGCACAACAUGUGGGGACAUGCAGAUGCUAUCUAUCAGCUUCAUCCAUACUUGCAAAGAUUUAGCCUGCCUUAUGCCUUCAUCGAUACAAUGGCUCUACUCCCUGGGUGGCUUUUUCUGGCUAUCUUCAUGACCAUAUACUUCUUUGUUGUGAGACGGAAGUGGUCGCCGCACUUCUUGCGGUUUCACAUCAUAUUGGCUAUCCUGCUUGAUACAGGCUCACAAGCUCUGGCCACUGCUUGCAACUGGAAUCCAAGCAUUGUUUUUCAGGGUAAACAAAUGGCAUAUUUCUGGAUGACAAUGGCCUUCAUUCAGAUCUUCACAGUUGUUGAGUGCAUGAGGUGUGCACUUUCAGGGGUGUAUGCAAAUAUUCCGUUUAUUUCUCAUGCAGCAUUCAUCCAUUCAGAUCUUAACCUGUUCAGGUAGUUGAUCAUUGCAAACCACAUUUUUGGAAUUAAGAGGUACUGAGGUGGUUGGGUAAUGUGGACUCUCAAAUAGGAAAAGGACUAAUUAGAGACGAAAUCAGUGUAAUCAUCGUUCUUUGCUGCAUUGUUGUCGGUGCUGUUGACUUCAUGUCUCUGAAUUUAUGCUUCAGUGGCACCAGGCUUUGUGCUUUUCUUCUUCCUUCUACCCUCUUUAGCGGCACAAACUUUGAGAAUUUAUUUAAAUGGAUAAAUCCUUUUCGAUUGACUA